AAAAAAAAAAAAAAAAAUAACCAGCCAAUUUGUACUUUACAAUCGAUCAUGGCCGACGUAAACGAAAAAGUUGUCGUUGUGGAGAACAAGAAUGCUCAAGACCCUGUUUUGCAGCUAGACUACAGCAUUAAGCACCCACUUCACAACACAUGGACUCUUUGGUUCGACAAUCCUGGUCGCAAGAACAGCGCUCAGAACUGGGCCCAGAAUCUGAAGGAAGUCUUCUCAUUCAGCACUGUUGAAGACUUUUGGAGCUCCUGGAGUAAUAUCACCAAAGUAACUCGUUUGGAUGUUGGCUCCAACUGCUUCGUGUUUAAGAAGGGUAUCCGACCAGAGUGGGAAGAUCCCAUUAAUGAAAACGGAGGCAAAUUCAGUGUUCAAUUCCAACGAACCAAGCAAAUGGGUGAGGCUGUCAACCAGCUCUGGCUCAAUGCCAUCCUUGCAUGCAUUGGAGAGCAAUUCAAGCUUGAGCAUGAGAUCUGUGGUGUUGUAUUGUCCGUCAGAAAGUCCUUCUUCAGACUGGCUCUGUGGACCAAGUCUGCCAACAAUAGAGACCUUGCUGAAGCUCUUGGAGAUCAAGGAGGUUUUGGAAUUAGAGGAAGCUACUGUCGAGUUCAUGCCACAUGGUGACCAGGCUACCAAGCCUGAAUUGCUCGAGCGCUUUACUGUUGGAGAACCACCUAAGGAAGAAGGUGAAGAGGAAGUGGAACAGCCAGAGUCAGCAUAGAU